GUGUCACCAUCCAAUUCAGAUGAAACCCGCAGACACUGAGAAUCGGAACGAGAGAAAACUAUUCGUAGGAAUGCUGGCGAAGACAAUGAGUGAAAGCGAUAUAAAAGCCAUGUUUUCGAGUUAUGGAGUAAUAGAGGAAUGUUCUAUACUUAGAGACAAUAGCGGACAGAGUAAAGGCUGUGCUUUUGUCACAUUCUCGUCGCGCACCAGUGCUAGCAAUGCAAUCAAAUCACUGAAUCAUUCAACUACUCUGGAGCACGAGUACUGCACACAACAGUCCUCAGAGCACUUGCACACGAGUCGUUCACUCGUAUGUACUCUUAAAAAGACUGAUAUAUUAUUCGGUGUGACGCCUCUGGAUGCUGAAGUGUCAAACCUUUAG